AUGUCUGAAGUACAAAGCAUAGAUGGUGAUAGGUUACUUUGCGAUGCCGAGGGAGGAAAGCUGACACAAAUUGGAGUGAUGGGGAAACUCGUUGAUGGAAUAUUCAAUCAGUGGUCACUGUUGCAUAUGGCCAUCGAAAUGGAGUUCGCUGGUAAUAAUUCGAAAGGCAAGGCUAUAGAAAUGUAUGAUGAGGUGAUGGACAUAAUUUCACGUAAAG